GGCUCUGAAUUACGAGAUUAUCCCGUCCUUGGCAGGGCGUUCAGGUGUAGGGCUGCAGCCCAAUCGCGAUGACCGCAGGGCAGGAAACGGGGCACUCGUCAGACAGUCAUUCAGCUGGAAGUAUUUAUUAUGUUCACCCAGGUUCUGCUUCCUUCCCAGCAGUACUUUACCCGCAUCUUUUUAAUCAUCGUCAAUCUGCAAAAUGACGCCUCCGUUCUCUAAUACCGAAAAGUUCCUCUUGGUUCUUCGACAAGUCUGCUUCGUACUGUGGUUUAUUCCAAUUGCCUUGCUACGCUCUGCUAUCUUUGCUUGGGCCCGAGGGCUUCCGCUUCGCCUCUACCUUAUCUGCGGAGUCCUCAACGUGGUUUUGGGAGUCCUCCGACCACGGGAGAUUCAAUACCUGUGUAAACCGACACAAGAGGCGUACAGAGAAUGGAUUCGUCGCAAAAUCUUGGAAGAAGAGACUGCCGAUGGAUUCCACAGUCGACUGAGCCUUGAUAUUGAGCCUCUCGAAGAGGGCAAUUCUUCCCUUCUCUGGGUCGGGGACCGCCGUCGCGCGAAGAAAGUUGUCCUGUUGUUCCAUGGCGGCGGCUACAUUACACCCCUACUGCCCGGCCACCUGGAGAUUUGCUGGCGAGCGUGCGUCGGUGCUGGCAUCGAGAUGGGAACCGAAGUUGCAGUAGCAGUUCUCGAAUUCACGCUCUAUCCUGCUGCGACAUACCCAGUUCAACUGCGCCAGGCUGCUGGUGCGCUUUCGCAUCUUCUUUCCUCUGGAUUUCGCCCUCAAGACAUCAUCAUUGGCGGAGACUCCGCUGGGGGGAAUUUGACGGGACAGUUGCUAUGCCAUAUCGUCCGGCCUCAUCCAGAAGCCGUACCAAUCCAACUUACGACACCACUGGCAGCUUCAUUCUUCAUCUCGCCAUGGCUCAGCAAAUACACCAACGACAGGUCAUUUGCGGAGAACGGUUCAAUCGAUAUGGUUUCAGCCACGUCUGUUCGGAAUACGGUGGAAGAGCUGUGUGGAUAUCCUGACAUGUUGUCGGAGAAGAACGAGCUCGCUAGUCGGUCGUUUCCCCUUGACAUGGAAGUUCCCUGUUUUGAGGGCCUCGACAGUGUCACAAGCCAGAUGUAUGUCACUGUGGGGUACCAUGAAGUGUUCCGGGAGCAAUGCAUCUCGUACGUGCGACAGGUGCGACACUUCAAUCCUGGGAUGAAGGUGCAGUUCGACAUACAGGAAAAGCUGGCGCACGAUUUCUUACUGGUGGAGGGCUUGGAGGAGCGAAGUGGGGAGUGCAUGGAAGCGAUGAAGGUCUGGAUGAAGAGUCUGUUGAUUGAGGAGGUGUAGUCUUGUAUUUUUAUCACCCCAGUUUGUCUGAUAUAGGAGCUGCGAUGGAAUAAGAUUGGGUCGAUUAAGCUAUAAGGUGCUUAUUCAGAGAUGGCUUUUCAUGAAUUGAAAGCUAGAUAUGUGCAAUAUCUAGUUUGGAGGAGAGCUCAGAGCGAGUGGGAG